CAGCGCCGUCGAUUUACGACCAGACAGUUAGUGUGGUGUAAUGAUCGUAGCUGUCCUUGAAAUGUUACGCGAAACGUGAUAGUUUUAGGGCAUCGCUAACCUCUAAAUGCAGUUUUUGUUUUUGUGUGGUGUUUAAUUUCUACGGAGCAAAACCAUUGUCUCCUAGAAAUCGAGGACCAAAUAAAAUAAACACAUGGCAUCUAACUUCCUCAAGUAUGCAGUGCUUCUGCAGAAGUACAGAACACCGCUGCUCGUGGCGAGCUGCGGUGGUGUCUUUGCAGCCAACAUGUUCUACCACGUCUUUCCUGACGUGUCGUACCGCCAGCUGUACCAGGCCUGGUACAAAGGAGAGCCAGUCACCCUGUCUGACAAGCUAGAGGACCUUUUCCAGCAGGUGCUAAAGGACUACAAUGCCAGCUCAUCCAAAAACCUUUCUGCCUUUGCCUCCUUUGGUUUCCACCCAGUCAGCGCUGGUGUCCCAUGGCUCCCUGCAGGGGCCCAAAUCGGUAUCCCGGCAAACUUUAACAGCACGGCCGAUGACCACAGUGGCAUCACGAACCGGACUAUUUUCAUCAAUGGCAAAACAGUGGAGUGGGACAGUGACGCCGGCAUGACUCUCAGGGACUCCCUGGUGUUCUCCACCCAAGCACAGAAAUUUGCCAUAGCGCGAGAGGUGGCGCGUUUGCAAUCGGGCGUACCCAUCGUGAGCGCUGCCGUUGCCCCCGUUUGCCUGGGUGGCGUCUGGGUGUACAGUGUAGUACUGAAGCAAGUGUUCAAUCUCCACGCCAGCCCCGUUUUGUUGCGUGGAGCCGUGAACCUCGUGGCGCUGGGCCUGGGCGCAGUGUCCUACUUCCUUACCGCGGACGCCGUCGCCCAGUGGUCCGAUUACCGCUCAGACCGGCGGGCCGCCGGGGUGUCCCACGACUACGCCAAGGGCGGAGUGGAGUUUUACGACAAGAUUCUGUCCAGAAACAAAAGUCUGCGUGCACUCAUGGGACAGAAAGGACAAGAGAUGUAUGCGCCCAGCGGGAAUUUAUUUCCUGCAAACAUCCUUCAGCUCAAGCACACGCCGUAUACCUCGAGGAGGGAGGGCAUCCUCACUCUAAUGAGAAACGACAAGAUUUAAGUUGAUUUCUAUAGGAGUAGCUUUUUAAGCAAACAAAAGCCCCCCCCCCAACCCCUUUUAUUUUUUCUAUGUAUUUCAAUAGAGAUUCCGCUAUUAAGUUAACAAAAUAUGUGACCCUAUAUGUGUGAUUUCAUGUUAUUUUGUCCCCUUUUUCUGUUGGGUUGUAUACAGAUAAAGCUUAUUUGCUGAAAAUGGCCAAUUAUUAUGCCUGCCCAGCAAAGCCUUUACUUCUAAUGCAAUAGCCUGCUGUGAAAUUACCUUUAAGUGCCGCAUUGCACAUCCGCCUCUUCAGACAUUAAUUAAACCCUCUACAAGAAAAAUAAUCGGACUAUGAUAGAGCAUAUUUGGAGAAAGACAUGCAUAUCGCGAGUGCGUCGUUCCCCAUUGAAAAGAAUCUUUGUGCUACGCUGCACGUCCUUAUUUUUCCCUGUGGUCUUUUUCCCCUCGUCCUCAUGUGUACCACCCCGCCCCCUCUCGGCUCAAGAAAACAAUCUUAGCUAACGAAAAACGUGUUUAAGUAUGCACACACUUGUUGAGCGAUAAUCAUCUUAAUAUCCAUCUCGAUGGGACCUUGGAACUGAUCACGCCACACUCCCCGAGGUCAUCCGUCUGCAUAUUAACGAGGCUCCGAUAUGUGUUUUAAUUACAUUUCUACUCAGGUACCCCCAGGAUUCAACUAAAUAUAGCAGCUUGUAAUGAAUAAUAUUGCAGAAGAGAUAUGUUGGACUACUGGAUAACAUGUCUGGCUCUCUGUUUGCGGGUUCAUUGUUCAGAUUUCAGCUCGGGCCUUCCUGUGUAGAGUUUUAUUGUACACUAAAUUCUCCAUUGGAGAUGGUGGGGGUGGAUGUCUUUUUUUUUUUUUUUUUGUCUAGAUGUCCCCCGUGAUUGACUGGCAACCAGUCAAAGUACCCAACUUGUAAGAUUUCCCCAUGUAUGGAAAUUCCCUAUUUGUCAAUACGAUGUCUUAAGCAGUGCCAUUGUUUGGUCAUCCACAAUGACAAAGGUCAGCCGAUAUUCCGUACCCUAGUGAGCUCAAGGCUCUUAUGGUUGGAGAAAUUUGGGGGGCUGAGACCAUAUUUAAACAGGUGUAUAAUUUUGGGGGUACAAAUGUAAUGUAUGAAAGAAAAAUCUCGCCUUGACUUUGAAUGCAUGCAAACAACAAUCAGGCAAAGAAAGGCUCUCACUUCA